AAAGCCGCACAGCGGGAAAGUCCUGUCCCCACCCCUGUAAGGUUAGAUUUGCUAUGCCGCAGUACGGGUUUUAUAGACUAGCAGAGGGUCAAKGAGUCCGUGAACAACCCUCUUUACAAGUUCCCAAACAUGUCUCAAGUCCGYUUCAAGGUUUCAAAGCUUGAUGGAGAUGACGGAGUAACGCUGGACACAGCUGAGGRAACAACAGAAAAGUCGAACGGCACAGAUGAUGUGAAAAUCGAGUUGCCUGAGUCUCCCGCUAAGGAUUUAGAUACAAGCGCCCGUCAUAACCUUCUUGCUACAAAAGAUGGUAAUUUGGCUUUGUACGAGGAUGAAAUACACAAGCGRCCAAAAAUCUCUUCUCUUCUAUCGUCACUGGCAAAAUACGAAGCUGUUCAAUCAGCACCUCGACAACCGGACGAUGUCAAACCCAAGAAAAGUGCAAAGAUGGGUACACUCAUGGGUGUGUACUUGCCAACCAUACAAAAUAUUUUUGGCGUGAUAUUGUUUAUCCGGUUGUCAUGGAUUGUGGGUGUGGCAGGUGUUGUUGAGGGCUUCUUCAUUGUGCUGACAUCAUGUUGCUGUACAAUGCUGACAGCUAUAUCUAUGAGUGCUGUUGCUACUAAUGGUGUUGUCCCAGGUGGAGGAUCAUACUUCAUGAUAUCCCGUGCACUUGGUCCAGAGUUUGGUGGUGCUGUAGGAUUGUUGUUUUAUCUUGGAACAACAUUUGCUUCUUCUAUGUACAUUCUUGGUGCUAUAGAGAUCCUGCUAACUUACAUUGCACCCUCAAUGUCCAUUUUUGGAGAUGUUACUUCUGGCGGAGGGACGUCAACUAUUAUGCUGCAUAACAUGCGAGUGUAUGGAACUAUUCUGCUUAUCAUGAUGGCACUUGUAGUGUUCAUUGGAGUGAAAUAUGUCAACAAGUGUGCUUCACUGUUCUUAGCAUGUGUGAUUAUUUCCAUCAUUGCUAUAUACAUAGGGUUCUUUACAGCUCAAUUAAGACAAUUACCCAAAAUAUGCCUGUUAGGUAAUACUGUGUUGGCAUCUACAAGCUAUGAUACAUGUUCUCGUAAUGACUCUAAAUUAUUAGCAGCAUAUGGUUCUGAUAGUGUAUGGAACACAACAUCCCUCCGAUACAUUGAUGGUGUUCCUGGAAUAACUGGUGGUGUAUUUGCUGGAAAUUCAAAAAGCCAUUACUUAAAGACAAAUGAGGUGUACCCAGGAGAAACUGCUGGUUCAUUUGAAGGGGAAGUCAGAUCAGACACGAAAACCUCCUUCUUUAUCUUACUUGCUAUCUUCUUUCCUUCUGUUACUGGUAUUAUGGCUGGCUCAAACAGGUCAGGAGACCUUAAAGAUGCUCAACAAUCUAUUCCUAAAGGAACUAUAGCUGCUAUAGCAACUACAUCCUUUGUUUAUUUGACAUCUGUUUUGCUGUUUGGUGCUACCAUAGAAGGUCCUCUUUUAAGAGACAAGUUUGGUCGUAGUAUAGGUAGUGUUAUGGUGGUAGCUAAUAUUGCAUGGCCAACCAAAUGGGUUAUUCUGAUUGGUUCAUUCUUGUCAACUGUUGGUGCGGGAAUGCAAAGCUUGACAGGUGCWCCUCGACUACUGCAAGCCAUUGCCAGGGAUAACAUCAUUCCAUUCCUAAAUAUCUUUGCAGUGGGAUCAAAGUCUGGUGAACCAACCAGAGCACUUUUACUGACAUGCUGUAUUGCUGAGAUAGGAAUCUUAAUUGCAAACCUUGAUAGUGUGGCCCCUAUCAUUACCAUGUUUUUCCUAAUGUGCUAUGCAUUUGUCAACUUGGCUUGUGUUGUACAAUCUUUGCUAAAAACACCAAACUGGAGACCUAGAUUUAAGUUUUAUCAUUGGUUUACAUCAUUUCUUGGUGUUUGUCUGUGUGUAGCUUUGAUGUUCAUUUCUAGUUGGUAUUAUGCACUUGUAGCAAUGAUCAUUGCUGCUGCUGUCUAYAAAUACAUUGAGUUUCAAGGUGCUAAAAAAGAAUGGGGAGAUGGAAUAAGAGGUCUUAAUUUAAGUGCAGCUCGCUAUAGUCUGAUGAGACUUGAAGAUAACCCAACUCACACUAAGAACUGGAGGCCUGAAAUUUUGAUCUUGUGUAAACUGAARGAGGGUUUUCAACCACAAAGCCCUCGUCUCCUGAGCUUUGCAAGUCAACUUAAACAUGGGAGAGGUCUAUCAGUAGUUGGCUCAGUUCUUGCUGGGUCAUUCACUUAUGAACAGCGUGCAAAGGAUAUCCAUGCAGCGAAAGAGGUGCUAAAGGUUGCAAUGAAAGAAGAAAAAGUCAAGGGUUUUAUGAAAGUCAUCACAGCUGAAGAUGUUAAAGAAGGAAUCUCAUUUCUGAUUCAAGCCAGUGGUCUAGGAGCAUUGGAACCAAACACAGUACUUCUAGCAUGGCCUGAAAACUGGAGAGAACGAGACCAAUGGAGAUCAUUUGUCCAGACAGUGAAUUCAGUAGCCCUUGGRGAAUCAGCCCUUCUAGUACCUCGUGGUAUUGACUUCUUUCCUGAUAACCAUGCCAGGCUGGAGGGUUACAUGGAUGUGUGGUGGAUUGUCCAUGAUGGUGGCAUGAUGAUACUUAUCUUAUUCUUAUUGAGAAUGCACAAAGUCUGGAGAAGAUGUAAACUUAGGAUCUUCACUGUGGCUCAACUUGAGGAYAAUAGUAUUCAAAUGAAGAAUGAUCUUGAAACCUUUAUUUAUCACCUUAGAAUCAAGGCUACAGUAGAAGUCAUUGAAAUGGUUGACCAAGAUAUAAGUGCUUACACYUAUGAACGCACACUAAAAAUGGAACAACGAACUGAAAUGCUGAAAAGGAUGAAGUUGUCCAGAAAGGAAAGUAAAAGAGAGAUCCAGAAUGUUGUUGAACACUCUUAUCGACCUCGUACCACAUCUUAUUUCAAAGCUACACACUCAGAAAGUGUUAGUGCUACUGAUGCCAAUAAGUUAUGCCCUGCCUCACCUCGUAAAGAAACCAUAGCGAGUGAAACUUCAGUAGAGUUUGACCGACGAUUUUCUGAUAUAGACGAGGAUGCAUUAUUGACAGAACCAGGAGAGAGGAAUGUCCGCCGAAUGAAUACUGCUGUCAAACUAAAUGAGAUYGUCAAAAAGAAAUCUGGUGAUUCACAGCUUAUUGUAGUCAACCUACCUGCUCCUCCAGAUAACACAGAUGAAUGGCUUAACUAUAUGGAAUUUCUAGAYGUGCUGACAGAUGGUUUAGAUCGAGUUUUAAUGGUUAGGGGUGGAGGUUAUGAAGUUGUUACCAUUUACUCUUAAUGRAUGGUUUUAAUAUGUUAUUGGUUGGACAUAAGUCUCAAUCAAUGCAAAAUGAGGCAAAGUUCUUAACACAGGAGUUCUCUUGAGGAUCAGCUGUAAACUGCAAGGCAUGGUGAACGCCAAUCACAAGGGUUUUUAAAAUAAUCAUUACCAAGUAUUUAAUGUAUGCAAAUUUAUUAUCAAGUGGAAACCUGUUCCUGUUUAAUUAUGUCUUGGAAAAAGGUGGUGAUUUUGGUAAUCCUAAAAUAGUAAUAUUUGUCAGGCAUGUUAUUGGAGGAGAUUGUGAUUUUAUUGAACAAUAUCAUUACAUUUUGUUGAUGAUUYAUUUUAUGGUGAUAUUAACAGAUUAUUAAAAUAUUAAUAUAUUAUAUUA